AUGCACGCUCUUUCCCCCUCUCGUCGCCUCUACGGCUUUUCCUUCGCCUUAUUAGUCUUCUCCCUUCUCCUUACUGCGUGCCAUGCCGCGCCACCAGGCAAGACUCCGCGCCAGAAGUUUGACGAGGAAAACGAUCGCUGGUUCCACUACAGGACGCGACCCGAUCUCCAGGCGCCCAAAUGGGAUAUCACCGUCUACGACCAGCAGGCCUUGACGUCGCCGGGGUCGUACUGGUUCAUUGCGCCCUACGAUAACAUCGACAAUGACGCCCGCGCGCCUGCGUGGGUGGGUGCGUAUAUCUACGAUCAAAUGGGAGAGCUGGUCUGGGCCGCCCAGCCCGCCCUCGGCCAGUACAAGGUCUUCGACCUCAAAGUCUCCCAAGUCAACGGCACCGAUGUCCUCUCCCUCAUCUACCCCUUCCACAACACCGGCGCCAUGUUCAACGACCGAUACGAGAUUACGCAAGAAGUGCAGUACACUGAAGAUGCCCACAAGGCCAACAUGCACGACUUCAAUCUCGUCGCCAACGGCCAGCGUGCCCUCGUCCUCACCCAGUACUUCAACAAGAGAUUGAGCAAGGAGUUUUCCGCCACGAUUGGCUGGGAUGGCGAGUGCUCCGUGCAUGAAGAUGGCAUCAGAGAAUACGACCUCACCACUUCGCCCCCGCGCCUCACCUUUGAGUGGUUCGGGAUGGAUCAUAUCGCGCUCGACGAAUCCUCGGUGUCGGGGUUUUGCAAGAACAAUUGGGAUAUACAUCACUUCAAUGCAAUCGACAAAUUCCCCGACGGCGACUUCCUCCUCUCCGCGAGAUCCACCGACACAAUCUACAAAAUCUCCCAUGUCGAUGGAUCCAUCGUCUGGCGCCUGGGCGGCGUCAAGUCGGACUUUCACAUCCCCAGCGAUCUGAAGUUCUCCCGGCAGCACCACUCUUGUGUCAUCAGCCAAGACAGCACGCAAGUCGUCCUUUCUCUCUUCGACAACGCCAAGGGUACCGACGAGGGCAAUAAAGCGACUGCAGCCAACUCGCGCGGCCUGAUCCUCGGGCUGAACCUCGUCGACAUGACGGCAUCGAUGCUUUUCAAAGCCGACCACCCCGAGGGCGCCCUCGUGAAUUCCCGUGGAAGUCUUCAGCCCCUUCCCAAUGGCAACGUCUUCAUGGGCUGGACCUACCACACGCGUAUAUCGGAACAUGCGCCAGAUGGGAGAUUGUUGAUGCACGCCGCCCUCAAGAAGAACAUCCAUACCUACCGAGCCUACAAAUUCCCGUGGACCGGUCAUCCGACCUCCCCGCCCAGCGUCUAUUCUGCCGCCUUUGUGCUCGGCGCGAACAUCAGCACGAUGGCGUAUGUGAGCUGGAACGGCGCGACCGAGGUUACAAGGUGGCGACUUUAUGAUACGGAUGUGCACGGAGAGCAACGGGCCCUGCUCAAUUCCACUGAACGACAGGGGUUCGAGACGGCGAUCACGUACGAAGGCUUCUCAAAGUAUGUUGUCCUCGAGGCGCUGGACCAGUACAACAAUGUCCUCGGCACAUCGCGGGUCACCAAGACCUUACCACCUCCAGAGGGACUCGACAGGCUCAACGCGAGCGAUUACCAAUGGGCCGAUGAAGGAGAAAUGCUACAUGUCCAGCUGUCGGAAGCCUUGGCUGCUGGUGUCCGCGCCGCGCACAGCCCCGGAUCAUUCUUCGCGGUCGGCUGCACGUCCAGCGUUCUGACGAUCAUGGCGCUCUAUGUAAUGCGACGGGCGAAGUUGGGACGCUUAUGGCGCCCAAGCAGGUCUCGGCCGAGGAUGGUAGUAUCCAAGUACGACACCCUCUCAGACCGGAAAUAUGCAGACGCUGGGUUUGAAGAGACGUUCAGUACCACUGAUGAUGGCGAGGCUGACGGGUACGAUGAUGUGGAUGGGCCUCAGCUGACGCUUGUGGAGGAGACAUGA